CCAGUCAAUCGCUGACGUUAAACUCAACAACCCGUCUCUUAAUGUUGCAAUACCAAUCGCCUCAGGAGUCUCGCCUGCCCUUAAAGGCGAAUAAAAACUUGUCCUUCCUUCCGUACGACAUGAUAGAAAUAGAGUCUCAUCAAAGAAUGAUGAAUGGUAUGGACACUCUUCCCCAACAAAAUGGUUCUAUUCACACAAAUUCCACCUCAUCCUCAAGUAACUCCCACAAUUCAUCUUCACAAGGUGGCACGAACCAAGAAGAAAGCAAAACAAAUUUGAUCGUUAAUUAUCUUCCACAAACAAUGACCCAAGAAGAGAUCAGGUCACUCUUCUCCUCGAUUGGAGAUGUUGAAAGCUGUAAAUUAAUAAGGGAUAAAGUAACAGGUCAGAGUUUGGGGUAUGGAUUUGUUAAUUAUCAUAGACCAGAAGAUGCAGAAAAAGCCAUAAAUACAUUGAAUGGUCUUCGCUUACAGAAUAAAACAAUCAAGGUUUCAUUUGCUCGUCCUAGUAGUGAAGCUAUAAAAGGCGCAAAUUUAUAUGUUAGUGGGCUACCCAAAAAUAUGGCACAGCAAGAUCUAGAAAACCUUUUUAGUCCAUUUGGUAGAAUUAUAACAUCAAGAAUACUGUGUGACAAUAUAACAGUGCGGCAAUUCGUUGGUGGUGCUGGUGAUAAUGUUCCUUGUCUAUCCAAAGGUGUAGGAUUUAUUCGAUUUGACCAACGAAUUGAAGCAGAAAGAGCCAUACAAGAAUUGAAUGGUACUAUUCCGAAAGGAUCAACAGAGCCAAUAACAGUAAAAUUUGCGAACAAUCCUAGUAACAAUAACAAGGCAUUACCCCCACUGGCAGCAUAUUUAACUCCACAAGCAGCUAGAAGAUUUGGUGGACCCAUCCACCAUCCUACUGGUCGCUUCAGCACUGGCAAGACCAUGCUAGCCAUAAACAAAGGUUUACAGAGGUAUUCUCCCUUGGCUGGUGAUCUUCUGGCUAAUUCAAUGCUGCCAGGAAAUGCUAUGAAUGGUUCAGGAUGGUGUAUAUUUGUCUAUAACCUCGCACCAGAAACUGAAGAAAACGUUUUAUGGCAGUUAUUUGGGCCAUUUGGCGCCGUCCAAAGUGUUAAAGUCAUUAGAGAUUUGCAAACAAAUAAAUGUAAAGGAUUUGGUUUUGUUACCAUGACUAAUUAUGAUGAAGCAGUUGUUGCUAUUCAAUCAUUAAAUGGUUACACACUUGGUAAUAGAGUUUUACAAGUGUCUUUUAAAACAAAUAAAAGUAAAACGUCAUAAACAAUAUGUUCUUUGAAUUGUGGUAAAUGGUCUAGUCAUUCUAUUUUUAAGACUGUAUAACCCCACAAGAUCUCUAUUUUUAGUUUAUAAAGUUUAUGUUAUUUAAUGUGUUUGAACUACUUAUGUCCAUGAUAAGUAAUUAAUAUUGGGGUUAUGCAGCCUUAGAACUGAUACAGGUUAUAAUGUGUGUAUAUGCAUGUAGGUGUAUGUGUGUAUAUAUCUGAUAACAAUCAUAUAU